AUGGCCUUGAAAUUCAAUAUUGCGUUGAUUCAGCUUUACCCCAAGCCACUGUCUCCAGCCCACAACUUUGCAAGAGCCGAGUCUGAGAUCCGGGCUGCCGCCUCUUCGGGAGCUCGCCUUGCCGUCCUGCCCGAACUCCUCCCUUCCCUCCGCGCGCUCGCGGCAUCGCUCGGCAUCGCCAUCGUCCCCGGCACCCUCGUCGAGGAACUCUCGGACGGCACCCUCGCCAACGUCUGCUACUUCAUCUCGUCCACCGGCGAGCUGGUGGGCCGGUACGAGAAGCGCAACCUGUGGCACCCCGAGCGGGGCGUCAUGCAGCCCGGCCGCGAGCCCCACGACGUCUUUGACACCGAGUUUGGGCCCGUCGGCCUGCUCGUCUGCUGGGAUCUCGCUUUCCCCGAGGCCAUGAGGAGCUCCAUGAUUAUCUGCCGCGCCUUUGAGAAUACGUGCGCCGUUGUCUUUGUUAACGCGGGCGCUCCCUCGUCCCCCGCGGAGGAGGAGGCGGACACGCGGGACAAUGACGGCGUGCGGCGCGAGUACGCCGGCCUAAGCCAGCUCGGGAUGCCCAUUUUGGGUGCCCGGGGAAACUCGGAGCAGUAG